AUGGUUAGUUGUAUGGCUAUAACAGCGCCCUUUAUGACGGAAGACCCCAUAGAAUUAAAAUCGGUACUAAUUCAAUUUGGCGAAUCAGAAGGGCACCAUACAAGCAUAAAAGUAUAUAGGGAACUGAAAAGUUUAUUAGAAAACUGGGGCAUUUACGACAAAGUCAACUUGUUUGUCACUGAUAAUGCCUCCAACAUGGAGAGUGCCGCAAGAUAUUUUGAACUUGAUGGCUGGGUUCAUUUUGGAUGUUAUGCCCAUAAACUUAACCUCGUCGUUCAAGAUGCACUUGCCGAAAUAAAAGACACAAUAGAGAAAGUGCAAAGAGUUGUAAACCACUUCAGAAAAAGCACUAUAUCAAAAGAAAAAUUAUUAAAAUACCAAUCAAACCAACAGAACAUAAACCAACCGAAAUCUGUAAUAAAAUCGGUUCCAACACGAUGGAACUCUGUGUACCUAAUGCUGGAAAGGUUCAUUGAGAUAGUAGAAGCGUUACGUGCCACCAUUCCUAGUUUAGGAACCGAUCUUCCAAUAAUACCAAUGGAAGAGUGGAAAUGUAUUGAACAAAUUUGUGUCAUACUGAAACCAUUUUACGAAGUCACUGUCGAAAUGAGUGCUGAAAAUUAUUUUGUCGCCAGUAAGGCGAUUAUUUUCACUUCAAGCCUCAUAAACAUAUGCGCCAAUUACACCAUGUUGCAAGAAUUAUACCCACCUGUAAAAAAACUUGCCAAAAAGUUAAAAGAGGGUAUGACAAAACGAUUGGGAAGUUUAGAAAAAAAUGAUACAAUAAGUUUGAGCACAGUUUUGGACCCUAGACUUAAUUAA